CUCAACCCCAUACCUAACAUAUAUACCUCAAACCUCAUUUCUUCAAACAAUCCGCCAUGGCUAAAGGAGGGAAGCUCACGAAGAUCAAGUCAGCCGUCCUCAAGAAAAUGCAGUCUUUCAAGCUCAGCCGCGGCACAGGCGGCGGAAGCUCCGUCGUUGUCGCCACCACCAACUCCUUCUCCGACGACGACGAGCACUGCUCCGUCCCUUACAGCGCCGCCGCCUCUUCCAAGGACCUCCACCCGGUGUACGUGGGAAAGUCCCGCCGCCGAUACCUGGUCGGCUCCGACAUUAUCGACCACCCCCUGUUCCGGGAACUGGCGGAGCGGUCCGGCAGCUACUCCGACGAGUCCAUCGCCGUCGGAUGCGAAGUUGUGCUGUUCGAACACUUGCUGUGGAUGCUCGAGAAUGCCGAUCCCCAGCCGGAAUCCUUGGACGAGCUUGUCGAUUUUUACGCCUGUUAAUUCAUUCAUUAUAUUAUAUAUAUAUCUAGUCACCACGAACUGUACUCCAUUGAUGAUCGAAUGAUCGGUAGCUGAUAAAUAACUAUUAUGUGGCGGCGGAGCCGCCACCAGAGCUGUUUUAUGUGUGGUCCUGCCGUCCUGGCAUCCCCACCGGCCACCACCCUUUUCCAGAUACAGAAUAUAUUUGUACAUUCUUUUUUCAAGAAAUAAAUUUAUUGUUUUUAUUUCAAA